AUGUGCACCCCUAUCGAGAUCAAUGUUGACGCAGCCUUCAUUUCAAACAAUGGUGCUGCGGGUGCAAUUGCUAGGGACCAUAAUGGUAUGUUUCUGGGUUGUGUUACCGGCACAUUUGAUUCUACUUCUUCCUUGUUAGCAGAAUCUUUGGCCUGCAAAUUGGGAGUUGAACUGGGUAUAAGAUUUGGUUUAACCAAAGUGAUAAUAGAAGGUGAUGCUCUCAAUGUUACUGCUGCUGUGCUUGGUAAUGUUUCUGACAUUCCAUGGAGUAUUAGGUCUGUGAUUUUGGAAGUUAGAGAGUUAUCCAAUUCUUUUACUGAUAUAAACUUUGUUUCAGUUCCUAAAAGUGCAAACAAUGGCACAUUUGUUAUGCCAACAUGCUGUUCAGUAUGGCCCUAUCCAGUUGUUAUGCUGUUGUGUACUACAAAAUGGAUGUCGCUCAGUGACGAUGAAUCAUGCACUGGGUUCACUGAGACUUCAAAGAUUAAACACCUGACGGAAGGUCAUGAGCAAUUGAAACCUCUUUUAUCCGAAGGUUGGGAGUAUAUUUUUAAAGGUGCUGGUCAAGUUUUUCAUGGUGGUGUUGAUGAGGUUCGCUUAGCUGUCAGCAAAUACUGCAAAAAGUAUGGCUAUACAGUUGCAAAGGUUAAGAAUGACAGACUCAGGUUCACAGGCAAGUGUGGUAGGAAUGCAGAAUGUCCUUGGUAUCUGCACUGUAUUCCAAUCGAUACCGCUAAAAGUGUCUUUGCUAUCAAGGAAUUCAAUGGGGAGCAUAAAUGUGGUGGUGCUUAUAAGCUGAAGGACCCACCUGUGAAGAAGAAAUUGAUUAAGCAUCUAUUCAAGGAUCAAAUACAGUCAAAUCCGUCGAUAAAACCUAAUGAUAUGGUUGCUCAGGUGAAGAGUUGUUAUGGUAUUGACAUAAAAUACCAUCAUGCUUAUAAAGGGAAGGAAACAUCUAAGGCAGAGAUAUAUGGCGAUGAUAGGCUUUUCAUAUGUUUUGCUGCAUGUAUGGAAGGAUACCGGUUCAUUCGCCCUAUGCUUUACUGUGAUGCAACAUUUCUAAAUGGGAGAUUCAAGGGAACAUUGAUGGCUGCCACUGGAUUUUUUCUUUUUGCGUAUGCUUUAGUUCCCGGAGAAGACAUUGAAGGGUGGGAGUGGUUUAUAGAGAACUUGCAGCAUUGUAUCGAAUCUCGUCCUAUCACCUUUAUCAUUGAUCGUCAUGAAGGGCUGAAGCAAAGUAUUCCCAAGUAUUUUCCCAACUCUUAUCAUAGUUACUGUUUCCAUCAUUUGAAGAAUAACCUCCCCAUCAAGAAAUCACAUGAGAAGUAUAAACAAGUUCAAGAUUUGUUCCAUAAAGCUGCAUCCUGCUAUAGUGUUGAUAAAUAUGAGUCUACUUUAAAUGAGAUGUGUAUCAUAGGAUGUAGUUGGGUUUCCAAGUACAUCAGAAAUAUCUAUCCCAAGCAUUGGGAAAAUGCUUUCUCCGUAGGAUGUAGGUAUGGGACACACUCGUCAACUAUUGCAGAGUCUUUCAAUAACUGGAUUCUUCCUGAAAGGGAUAUGCCUCCAGCUGCUCUUGUUAAUGAGAUUAGGAUAAAGAUUAUGAGGAUGAGUGCAGAAAGGCGUGAGCUCGGUAGAAAUUAUAGUAAUAGUUUUACUCCCAUCUAUAAAUCUCUACUCAAGUCACAUGUCGAUAUAGGGCGUCCAUGGAGUGUUACGGAGUCAGCCUUACUUUGGUUCGAAUCAUUUUCCCAUACGUAUGCUCCUGCAAUUCGACCCAUUCCCAAUUACGACAGUCCAGAAGCGUAUGAACCUGAAGAGAGAGUCCUACCUGGUAUUCCAAGGCCACCUCCGGGAAGACCACCAAAGAAGCGCAUUCGUGGUGCUUAUGAGAAGGAGAGGAGGCCUAUGAAGUACUCAAAUUGCAAGAAGAUUGGGAACCACAACAAAGCUACUUGUCGUGUAUUAAUGCUGGAGUAG